CACUCUCUCACUCCGAAAUCUGAGUGGGUGUAGAAACAUGGACUCGUUUUACAAAUCUUUCUAUGUCAUUCUCUUGAUUCUGUUUCUGGGUCUAUGUGAUGAGUCCCUGGCGGAAACGGAGAAGGAGAAGAGUACUUACAUCGUGCACGUGUCCAAAUCCGAAAUGCCAGAAAGCUUCGAGCACCACUCAGCUUGGUACGAAUCGUCUCUGAAGUCCGUAUCUGAUUCAGCUGAAAUGCUCUACACUUACGACAACGCGAUUCAUGGAUUCUCCACCAGAUUAACAGAGGAAGAAGCUCGUUUACUGGAGAGCCAAACGGGGGUACUAGCAGUGUUGCCUGAGAUGAAGUACGAGCUUCACACAACAAGGACACCGUUGUUCCUUGGUCUGGACAAAAGUGCUGACAUGUUCCCUGAGUCAAGCUCAGGUAGCGAGGUUAUUGUUGGGGUACUCGACACUGGUGUUUGGCCUGAAAGCAAGAGCUUCGACGACGCUGGACUUGGACCCAUUCCAAGUAGCUGGAAAGGCGCGUGCGAAACAGGCACCAAUUUCACAACAUCGAACUGUAACAGGAAGUUGAUUGGAGCAAGGUACUUCGCAAAAGGCUACGAAGCCAUGUUGGGUCCCAUCGAUGUAACGAAAGAGUCUAAAUCUCCGCGAGAUGACGAUGGCCACGGCACCCACACGGCAAGCACGGCUGCGGGUUCGGUUGUUUCCGGCGCGAGCCUUUUUGGUUACGCAGCUGGGACGGCGCGUGGGAUGGCCACGCGCGCCAGAGUGGCUGCUUACAAGGUUUGCUGGAUCGGAGGGUGUUUUAGCUCCGACAUAUUGGCUGCGAUUGAGAGGGCCAUCUUGGAUAACGUUAAUGUUCUGUCUUUGUCCCUCGGUGGUGGAAUGUCUGAUUAUCACAGAGACAGCGUUGCUAUUGGAACUUUUGCGGCAAUGGAGAAAGGGAUUCUCGUGUCUUGCUCUGCGGGGAACGCGGGUCCCAGUUCCUACAGUCUCUCCAAUGUGGCACCAUGGAUUACUACUGUAGGCGCUGGCACACUGGAUCGUGACUUCCCGGCGUAUGUUAGCCUCGGGAAUGGACUCAACUUUUCCGGUGUUUCACUCUAUCGAGGCAACGCUUUGCCUGAUUCUCCUUUACCGUUUAUCUACGCAGCGAAUGCCACCAACGCUACGAAUGGUAACUUGUGCAUGAUGGGAACCUUGGCGCCGGAGAAAGUCGCCGGGAAAAUCGUGAUGUGUGACCGUGGAAUGAGUGCUAGGGUUCAGAAAGGAGCGGUUGUGAAAUCCGCCGGAGGCUUGGGCAUGGUGUUGAGCAACACCGCCGCGAACGGCGAAGAACUGGUGGCUGAUUCCCAUCUUUUGCCGGCGACUGCUGUUGGUGAAAGGGAAGGUGACGCGAUCAAGAAAUACCUGUUUUCCGACCCGAAACCGACGGUGAAGAUUUUGUUCGAGGGAACUAAGGUCGGGAUUCAGCCAUCGCCGGUGGUUGCGGCGUUUAGCUCCCGGGGCCCCAAUUCCAUCACGCCGCAGAUCUUGAAGCCUGAUCUGAUAGCGCCAGGUGUCAACAUCUUAGCGGGGUGGUCAAAGGCCGUGGGUCCCACUGGAUUAAGUGUGGAUGGUAGGCGCGUGGAUUUCAAUAUCAUAUCAGGCACGUCCAUGUCCUGCCCUCACGUGAGCGGUUUAGCCGCUUUGAUCAAAUCGGCUCACCCUGAGUGGAGCCCAGCGGCGGUUCGAUCGGCUCUGAUGACAACGGCUUAUACGGCUUACAAAAACGGUCAGAAAUUGCAGGACAGCGCUACAGAAAAACCAUCCACACCGUUCGAUCACGGUGCCGGACACGUGGACCCGGUUUCUGCCCUUAAUCCAGGACUCGUCUAUGAUCUGACAGUAGAUGAUUAUCUAGGUUUCCUUUGCGCGCUUAACUAUACAGCCUCUCAAAUCGAAACCCUCGCCAAGAGGAAAUUCCAGUGCGACGCGAGCAGAAAAUACAGCGUGAACGACCUUAAUUACCCUUCGUUUGCGGUUGUCUUUCAAUCAAUGGGUGGGUCCAACGUAGUUAAACACACGCGGAUUCUCACCAACGUGGGACCCGCAGGAACGUACAAGGCUUCAGUGACGUCAGAUACCCCAUCCGUGAAAAUCUCGGUUGAGCCGCAAGUGCUGAGUUUCAAGGGAAAUGAGAAAAAAUCAUAUACGGUCACGUUUGCAUCGUCGGGUUCGACGACCCCACAGAGCAUGAGUGGUUUUGGAAGGUUGGAAUGGUCUGAUGGAAAGAACGUGGUUGGAACCCCAAUCUCGAUUAGCUGGGAUUGAUCAUUGAAACUUGGCAGAAGGGUUGAUCAAAGGUUCAUCACUCACUCGAAGAGGGGUGUGUCUUGAUUGGCUAGUGAUUAUUUAUUUAAUAUUAUAAAAAUCUAGCGAACAUAAUGUUGUGUUUAUCCAGCUGGAAAUCAAUGAGAGCUGGGGACCUAGUGUUUGGUUGGUGUGGGUCUUGUUUGUUCCUGGGAGAAAUGGAAAGGGGGAAAAAAUGUUUUUGCUUCUGCAUUUCUUCUAGUGUACAGCGUCCUAAUCAUUGAUGAGUAUGACCGUUGUUAUAGCACUAGACCUCAUUCUACUAUUGGAGACCUUUUCAUUAUUAUAGAUCUACGGCCACCCAGAACCAUUAAUGGUAUUCAAGAAGCUGUUUUUCGUA